AAACACAGAACACGACAUCGAGCUCAGUCUCCAGAUACUUCCAGUUCAAUAAGGAGCUCGUCAUUAGAAUAAGGUGUCUGUGACUGUCAUGUUGGUGCAGUCAGACGGCUCUUAGAUCUUAUACAGGUUUUGUUUUUAAUCGCUGAGAUGACUUUUAGCAGCUUCUUUAUCAUCUUCAUGGUUCAUCUUGGCGUCGUCUUCAACCAAAGAUUCCAGGUGACCCAACCAGAGCACCGGACCGUAAACCCAGACAAGACGGCAUUCAUCAGCUGUGAACACCACGCACAAGUCUACGAGCUCUUAGAUGUUCGACUCAACAGCAAAACAACACCGACUGACAGGACGAUGCUCUGCCAGAAGGGGAUGACAAGCUGUGAGAACAUGUUCAUGAUUGAAGAGAGUGAAAACAAGUUCACCUUCAUCCUGCUCAACAUCGGGCCGGAGGCACUGAACGUGACGUACGAGUGCGAGUUCUCACUAAACAUAGAGGAAAUCCAUCAUAUGGAGAGAGGAACACCAACCAGACUACUGCAAGGUCAAAAGGAAACCGAGGAGCGAUGCAAGCCUCGCCCCGUCCCUCCACCCGCCCCACCUGCGAAACCUGACCUGGUCAGCUGGAUUCUGAUUGGUCUGCUGGCCCUGACCUUCCUGUACAGCUGUAUCAUCACUUCCUUCUACGUCAGACUGAUGAACAGCGACGACAAAGACGACUGUGAGAAUUCCACCUAUGUGGAGAUGAGGAAAGCUUCUCCUCAGAGGAACGUAGACUGUGUCUACAGCGGAGUCAAAUAGAUGAACAGCAGAGGGAGACAAAGACUGGCCAAAGACACCUCGCUGCCCCUGACUGCACAUCUGCUCAUCUACAGAGCAAACCCAACCUCCUGGAUCAGUAAAUAAAUGCAGCAUGGGUCAGAACCAGUGAACAGGGGAGCCAGUUGUUGGAGAUACAUACAGCUGAUG